AUGGCCACUGCAGCAGAGGACCCCCACCUGGGCUCAGGCCCUGAUGAAGAAGACGUAUCUCUGUCAGGGAGUGAGUCUGAUUCAGACAGCAUCUUGUCUGAUGACUCCGUGCUUCCUGACUACACACAGGACAAAGCAAAUGAAGGCUCAGCAUCAACACUGUAUCAAGCGUGUGCCCGUAAUGAUAUUGUCUCUCUACGAAAGGUCCUGGAGAGAGGGGUCACAAAAGAGGAGGUUAUGGAGGUGGACAUCAAUGGCUGGAAUGGCCUGAUGUUGGCUUGCUGCAAAGGUUUCGUGGACAUUGUAUACGGGCUUUACAGCUGUCCCUUUAUAGAUGUAAAUCACCAGGACAAUGAAGGAAACACUGCACUGAUGAUUGCAUCCCAAGCAGGUCAUGUCAACACAGUCAUGUAUCUCCUGAACUACUAUCCUGGAAUAGACACUGAAGUAAGGGACUGUCGUGGUUUCACUGCCCUCAUCAAAGCUGCUAUGACCGGACGCACUGAUGUGAUGUCUUCCCUUAUUAUGGCCGGGGCUGACCUCAACGCAGUAGACUCCACCAAAGGAAAAUGUGCUCAGGACUGGGCUCUGAAAACAGGUCGCUAUGACACCUUGCAGCGUCUCCGCCGCCUUAAAUUGCGUCCCAAAGCUGAGCAGUUCUGUGAAAGUUACCUCCCUGAGUGGCCUGAGCUCAAGGAGCUGGUAGCCAAGGCCACAGCUGAGAAAAAUGCCAGGGAAAAAGUUACCCAACGGAUCAAAUCCACAUUCGGAUUCAGAUUACCUCGUGACCCCCAGGACAAUGGGGUCUUGGACCAUAUGGUGCGCAUCACCACCAGUGUCCACAGUCCACUCAUUACAACUGGAUGUCGUCCACUCUGCCCUACCAGUCCUCCUGAGGUUGGGAAAAGACGCCUGGCUGUGCCGGAGCUGGUGAAGAAACACCCGGAGAAGGAUUUAGAAGAAAAUUCAGUGUGUCACAGCAAUGGCUCGGUAUCACACAUCAUCCCCUCAAUCCACUCUGCAGAGACUGUCACUACAGCGUGCUGUGCUCAGACUGAGCGGAGAGAGAGCAUCCUCUCAUUGGCCUCCGCCAAAGCUACAGCGUUUAUUCCUCGCAGUAUGGCGAGGAGGAACAGCGUGUUCCCUUCUGGCUGCAUUCCCCAGAUCAACAUCAACAGGUCUUCAGAGGUAACGCCAAAGAAAGAAAAGAAGAAGAAGAAGAAGAAGAAGGAAAAGGGCUACCUGGAACCACCCAUUUGGAAGUAUAAGGAGGCCAAGGAGGAGAGAAAGAGGGAGAAAGCUGAGAAGGAAAAGGCAGAGAAAGAGAAAAAGGAGAAGAAAAAAGAAAAAGAAAACAAGAAGAGCAAAAAAUAA